GCGAGCCGCAGCCGGCGCUGGCCGAGGGAGCGAGCGAGCGAGCGAGAGGCGGGCGAGGGGGCGAGGGACGCCCGCGAGCGAGCCAGCCAGCCAGCAGGGACCGCGGAAAGUGUCAGCCUCCCGGGAGACAGCCCGGGCGCGCACGGCCCCGGCCCGGUGCGUGGACAGCCCGCGGGACAGCCGGGGGUUUUACGGAAGAAAGUCGGCAUCGCCUCCCCGUCCCCGUCCCGUCCCCGUUCUCUGGUUAAGAAUCCUCCCCCCUUCCACCUCCCCAUUAAAAGCACCACCACCACCACCACCACCGCGACAACUGUAACCGCCAAACUUGCGCUCACCCCGCCUGGCCCCUAACUCGUCCCGGAUCAUGAAGGCGGCCGUCGAUCUCAAACCAACUCUUACCAUCAUCAAGACGGAAAAAGUCGAUCUGGACCUUUUCCCUUCCCCGGACAUGGAAUGCGCAGAUGUCCCACUACUAACUCCAAGCAGCAAAGAGAUGAUGUCUCAAGCAUUAAAAGCUACGUUCAGUGGUUUCACAAAAGAGCAGCAACGACUGGGAAUCCCCAAAGAUCCCCGACAGUGGACGGAAACCCAUGUUCGGGAUUGGGUGAUGUGGGCUGUGAAUGAGUUCAGCCUGAAAGGUGUAGAUUUCCAGAAGUUCUGUAUGAGCGGAGCAGCUUUGUGCGGCCUGGGUAAAGACUGCUUCCUGGAGCUGGCUCCAGACUUUGUUGGUGACAUCUUAUGGGAGCAUCUAGAGAUUCUGCAGAAAGAGGAUGUGAAACCGUACCAAGUUAAUGGAGUCAACCCUACUUAUCCAGAAUCCCGUUAUACCUCGGAUUACUUCAUUAGCUAUGGUAUUGAGCAUGCUCAGUGUGUUCCUCCUUCGGAAUUCUCAGAGCCCAGCUUCAUCACAGAGUCUUACCAGACGCUCCAUCCCAUUAGCUCAGAGGAACUUCUGUCUCUCAAGUAUGAGAAUGAUUACCCCUCAGUCAUUCUCCGGGACCCUCUUCAGACAGACACCUUGCAGACAGACUACUUCACCAUCAAGCAAGAAGUUUUAACCCCAGACAACAUGUGUAUGGGGAGGACCAGUCGUGGAAAGCUCGGGGGCCAGGACUCUUUUGAGAGCAUAGAGAGCUACGAUAGUUGUGAUCGCCUAACCCAGUCCUGGAGCAGCCAGUCAUCUUUCAACAGCCUGCAGCGUGUUCCGUCCUAUGACAGCUUCGACUCCGAGGACUACCCUUCUGCCCUGCCCAACCACAAGCCCAAGGGCACCUUCAAGGACUAUGUGCGUGACCGUGCUGACCUCAACAAGGACAAGCCUGUCAUUCCUGCUGCUGCCCUGGCUGGCUACACAGGCAGUGGACCCAUCCAGCUGUGGCAGUUUCUUCUGGAAUUACUCACUGAUAAAUCCUGUCAGUCUUUUAUCAGCUGGACAGGAGAUGGCUGGGAAUUCAAGCUUUCCGACCCAGAUGAGGUGGCUAGGAGAUGGGGAAAGAGGAAAAACAAACCUAAGAUGAAUUACGAGAAACUGAGCCGUGGCCUACGCUACUAUUAUGACAAGAACAUCAUCCACAAGACAGCGGGUAAGCGCUACGUGUACCGCUUUGUGUGUGACCUGCAAAGCUUGCUGGGAUACACCCCUGAGGAGCUCCACGCCAUGCUGGAUGUCAAGCCGGAUGCUGAUGAGUGAUGGACAGGAAAGGGCAGAGCAACUCAUCUGAGACCUUUCGAAGAACAACCGCAUUGGUCGGACUCUUUAAUUUUUAAUGGUUAUUCUAUUUUUUAUUUUCCAGAACUCAUUUUUUAAAAAAUGUUGUUUUGUUUUGUUUUUUUUACAUUCAGGGGUGGGAGCUAAGGGAGCUGCAGCUGUAAUCCAUUGUGCAGUGGCUGGAAAGGGAAAGCCAGGACUGGUGGGGUGGGGUGGGCAAGGACUUGUAGGGUAGAUUUUCAAAGUAGAGAGAGCGGUCUUCUUAGAAGCUUGAAGGAUCUGACGUAAGGGAGGGAGAGAUUAAUGUGUCCAAUCAUUUUUUUAAAAAUCAUCCAUGAAAAAACAUCCGUCUUCAAUUGUGGACCCAUUAGCAAGAAAAGUUGUCACAUCAAGUCAUGAGACAUGAUAAUGAUGAUGAUGAUGAUGAUGAUAACGAUGAAUUUGCUUUUGCUUUAAAUCAUGGAAGGGAAAAAAAGAAGGAAGGAGGGUGGGCUAAAGACAAUUUUCUUUGGGGGAUGCACUUAAAACCAAGAAUUUAUAUACUUCACUCUGCUUUUCAAAACAAAAGUGGAUUUCUGGGGGGAGGGGCCAAAAUUGUUUUUGUGUUAAAAUUUAUUCUAUUACAUUUUUGUGCCAGUAUUUUUUUUCUUAAAAAUCGUCUUAAGCUCUAAGGUGGUCUCAGUAUUACAAUAUCGUGAAAGUUUGUUCUUAUUUGCUGGCUGAGGACUCUGUUACAGUGGAAGAAAACUUUUUAUAUAGACCCCAUUGGAAAAGCAAAGCUCUGUUGCUGAGGUCAGAGAUUCAUUCCCAAGUUCAUGUGACUUAGAUAAGAAGAAGAUGGUCAUGCUAAACUGAGUAGAGGGAGACAGUGCAUGCAAAUCUCACUGAUUAUUUUAUGUUUUAGAAAUUGUCGCAUUCCCAUAACUUACGUUUCAUUAGAAGAUUCUUGGGGUUUGGACUUAAUGCUGAGCUAAGACACAUUAAGUCUUUGAAAUUGAAUGUAUUUUGCAGCCCUGAUUUUGAACUAUAGUUGAUAUAGAAGCACUGUUGAAGUGGAGGAAAGGAAAUUGAAUGAGGAAGAUUAACUUGGUUCUUGAUUCAUUCUCUACCUGUAACCUAGAUGACUUGGAAUAAAAGCUGAAUGAAUGGGCAUUUUUCCUCAGGUUGUAAGAAGUCUUGAGUGCAUGUUUGGUUUUGUUGUUAUUUUUCUCUCCCAAACUAAUGCUGUAUAAUUCCUUCUUUGUGCCUACUUUUCCCAUUUGUUGAUCCAUCCCCACUCUGAUUAUUCAGCAGAGCAAAAUGUACAGCUUUCUUUCUGAUAUGUCAGCGAGAGUGUGCCUUCAGAGACAACGUGAAUUGAAGACUUGCUGGGUUUUGAAGGCAUGGAAAUUCAGAGGGAAUUUCAGUCAAAUGCGAGGGGGCUGUCUUUGAGAAGGGUUAGGCAAGGUUUUCCUUUGAAGAACUAAAGCUAGUCAGGUAGUAUAUCAGAUGAGAGACUUACAUUUACAAAGGAAAUAGUUCAGACUGUGGUGAGGCCUCAUGCUUGGAUCUGUUAUCUUGGCAGAGGGUAAGUGAAGGUUAACUGCAGAAGGGAUGAAUGAUUGGAAGGCAGAGGACACAGGGCAGGCGCUUGAAUGAAGGAAAUAAGGUGGUCCAUAGGAUAUGAAUGCAUUUUUAGUUCCCCCAAUGUUUGAAAUACAUAAAUAUAGUUAACUGAGGCAGUCAUCUAUUUGUUGGUUGUGUGUAUAUGUGUGUUGAGUGGGGGGAUCUGAGAAAGAGGUUUAGGGGUAAAACUUAACAUCAAACCAUUGAACUAGUAAGGAAACAUACUUAAUAUGACUCGAAUUCAUCAUAUGUAUACAUAUAUGUGUGUGUGUAUAUAUAUAUAUAUAUAUACACACACACACACACACAUACAUACGUAUAUACACACACAUAAAAUCUCCAAGUUAAAAUGAGAGUGGACUUCAUGAAAGAGGAGAACAGUUAGACGAAUGUCUCAGGGCCGGCCCUUUGUGAGACUUAGCUAAGAAACUGGAAGUACUAACUACCUUCUAGCAAAAGAGAACUUUUGCUAACUCCUAGACCCCCAUGCAGAUCCUGGCCUAUCGGGAACAUGGCACUGUAUGCUGACCAAUGGGAAUGUCCACACAAACAGCAAAGGCAGAGUGGCCCAGCUGUGCAGGUGCCUUAAUGAAGCUCUCAAAGUAUUUGAGGAGCUGCUCAGGGAGUGUUAGGUGGCAUCAUUUGGACUACAUUGUUUUCUCUUAUAAUUACGUGAUCUUUGUUGGGCACUGGUCAAAUGGGUGUGUGUGUGUGUGUGUGUGUGUGUGAGAGAGAGAGAGAGAGAGAGAGAGAGAGAGAGAGAGAGAGUGUGUGUGUCUGUUCAGACAUGCAGAACCACAACUAAAAUAAUAACUGCAUUUUCUAGUGAAGUCUUCUCCACAUUUCAAUAACAGGUAAGGGUAGAACCAAGGCUAGGUAUUUCUUCACUGGCAUAUAAUCAUUCUAAAUCAUCAGCUUUACCUAUUCCAUUUAUAUUGAAAAACUCCCCUUUGGUGAUUCUGUCUAAUACCUGCAACCUCAGUAAGCAGGUAAGAUGUGAGAAAAAUGCCUCAUCCACGCUCUCCUCAGCUCACUUGAUUGCUAAGAUACUCUUUCUCCCUAGAUCCGCCAUUUUCAGGAGUUGUAGAUAAUGUGUUAGUUCAGACAGCUUUUUCCAUCUGGCCACUUGUUUUCUUUUGUUCUCCCCAAAGGCCAGAGACCACUCCAGGAAGAAUAAGUGGGUGGUUUAUACACUGGAAAUGUAGCAGCAUCAUUGCAUUUAUGCUUUUUAUUAAAAAUAGAAAACAAAAAAAAAAUCACAUAUGCUAACUUCAGAGGCAGGAUGGGCAAUUCUGUUCAAGCUGGACGACACUGUAUCUUCUCCAUUCCAGAGAAGUUUCAACUUGUGUGGGUUUGGGCUUUAGGGCUCAAUAGUCAACAUGUUCCUUCUCCAUGCAGGAGAGGGGUUGCCUUACAGAGAGCCCUGAUGUGGUAGCUGUGGGGACUGGAGAUAGCAUUGAACGAUCAGAUGUGCCCUUCCUCACUUUGGAGAUGAACACUCUGGGUCUUAGAGCAUUAACCUGCCUAACUUUCAUGGUGAGGAAUAUACCUUCUCUUCUGCCUUUCUGUGCAUGCUGCUUUCUCUGUUGGGGUCUAUAUAAAUCUGUUGAACUCUGAACAUACAUUCCAAAGAAGUUUCAAGGAACCAUUAAGUAUAUGUAUACAUAUACAUAUAUGAAAUAGCUAUAGAAAAAUGAAAUGAUCUCUAUCAGGAAUACUACUUCAGUUAUUGAGCUUUUUAUUAAGGAUACUUUUUUUUAAGCUGAGAAGUAUUCGGGUAAAAAAAAAGAUGUUAUAUUGUGUUUGACUAUUUUCCAACUUGUAUUUUCAUAUAAUUUAUAUUUUUUAAAAGCUGAAAAUUUAAAAGCAAGAUUUAAGAAAAAGGAAAAGCAGGUGCUUUUUUAAAAAAAAUCAGAACUGAGGUAGCUUAGAGAUGUAGCGAUGUUAAGUGUCUUAUGUGUUUUUUUUUAAACAAAUGCAAAAAAAAUUUCUUAUGGGGGAGUUUUUGUUUGUUUAUUUUAGUAGCUGAUGCUGGCACAUCAUUUUGCUGGAGAGUUUUUUAUAUACUGUAGCCUGAUUUCAUAUUGUAUUUUAAACUGUGUGAAAAUUAAAAAGAAAAGAAUUUCAUUCAUAA